UCCAGCCUGGCGCGCUCCCCGCCCUUGCAGUGGACUGCGGUGCUCAGCAGACCUGAGCAGUUGCUGGGGCGGUGUUGCGGGAGGGAGCCAGGUGAGCCGCCCCGAGGGCAGGAGCAGGGGUGGGAUGCUUCGGCGACCCCCGACUCCGCAAGGCUUUCCUGCUGGGCCCGAGAGUGCCUAAGCGGCCGGCGUCGGGAAAGGGAUGCAGGGCGAGAGAUGGGAGUGGGGAAGAACAGGGUAGUUAGGAGGGGCCAGGGGCGGGAGGAUUUCCCCCUGGGGAAGGGCGCGCGUGCCUGUGCGUGUGUUGCAGCUGCAUCCCCGAGUGCUGUCACUUACUGCCAGCGCUGGCUUCUAUGUCCUCAGGAUGUCCAAGUGUGCCCUGAGUGGGUCUGUCACUGGGCUUUGCUGAGUGUCCGUAUCUUGCACCUGUGGGCUAGUCUACAUCCGUGCACGGUGCUUUUGGUUUGUGGAAAGUAAAUUCCUGCAGGAACUGCUAUGCUUACCUGCUGUCACCUCACUGACACCUAGGCUGCCCCCUUCUCUCAGCAGCCUGGGGCCCAGGCUCUGACCACCAUGGGGCGGCCUCUAGGCCCAGCUACCCUCCCACGCACACUGCUGCUCCUGCCAGCCCUUGUGAAUUCAGGUUGGGGGGAAUUGGCACCACAAAUUGAUGGUCAGACCUGGGCUGAAAGGGCACUACGGGAGAAUGAGCGCCAUGCCUUCACCUGUCGGGUGGCAGGGGGCUCCGGCACCCCCCAAUUAGCCUGGUACCUGGAUGGACAACUGCAGGAGGCCACCACCUCAAGACUGCUGAGAGUGGAUGGAGAGGCCUUCUCUGGAGGUACCAGCACUUUCACUGUCACUGCUCAGCGGGCACAGCAUGAGCUUAACUGCUCCCUGAAGAACCCAGGGAGUGGCCCGUCAGCCAAUGCCUCUGUCAUACUCAACGUGCAAUUUAAACCAGAAAUUGCCGAGGUUGGGGCCAAGUACCAGGAAGCUCAGGGCCCAGGCCUUCUGGUUGUCCUGUUUGCCCUGGUGCGGGCCAACCCACCUGCGAAUGUUACCUGGAUUGACCAGGAUGGGCCAGUGACUGUCAAUGCCUCUGACUUCCUGGUGCUGGAUGCUCAGAACUAUCCCUGGCUCACUAACCACACAGUGCAGCUGCAGCUCCACAGCCUGCCGCACAACCUCUCAGUGGUGGCCACCAAUGAUGUAGGUGUCACCAGUGCCUCACUUCCGGCUACAGGCCCCUCCCGGCGCCCAUCUCUGAUAUCUAGUGACUCCAACAACCUGAAACUGAAUAAUGUGCGUCUGCCACGGGAAAACAUGUCCCUCCCGUCCAACCUUCAGCUCAACGACCUCACUCCAGAUCUAAGAGGGAAAGCAACAGAACGGACAAUGGCUCAGCACAGCAGCCACCCAGAGCUUCUGGAAGCUGAGCCUGGUGGCCUCCUCACCAGCAGAGGCUUCAUACGCCUUCCAAUGCUGGGCUAUAUCUACCGAGUAUCCAGUGUGAGCAGUGAUGAGAUCUGGCUCUAAGCUUGAGGGUGAGGCACAAGGGCUCCCUCGGUCCAUGGACUCCAUGGAGCAGCCACCCCAAUGCCUCCUCCAAGCCUUCCUCUGCCUGGCCAUGUUGCCACCAUGAAGAGGCCAUGCCACUGCCACCUGGCCCUCCUGGCUGGUCAUGCAGUGUAUUUCACUACACUCUGAUCUGCAAGGCAUGAGAAUCCUUGGCAAGACUAUCAGUCACAACUAGGCCCCUUGUGCUCACUUAAUUUGGGGCCCUGCAUGUGAUGACUGAGCCCAGAUGUUAAGUCUCUGGCCAGGUGUAGUCAGGUGUGGCCCCACAUCCAAGUGUGGUAUGGCUUGCUAUAUGCCCCACACUAGUAUCUACAGCACCUUGUACAGUGGAUAAUGGGGGAUGCCUAAGUAGGGGAUGGAGGGACCCUGUAUGUCUUGGCUGUCUCUCUUAUGUAUGCUAUGCAGCUUUGUUCUUUCAGGGAAAACUUAGUCCCCUGGAUCUGUAUAGAACCAAACUGUCCUUUGCAGGAACCAGCCCCUGGCCUGGGGACCUGGCCAAGCACAAACUAGUCCUUUUUGCUUCAUACCUCUGCACUUCUCUGCCCCUUUGUCCCCGCCUCUUGUACAUCAUAGGUGAUUCACUAGACCUCCAUUUCUUCACUGGGCAUUACGUUCCAUUAGCUGGGGCCCUCAAGGUGCCAGCACCUGGUGUUAGCACAAGGCAGGGAGGAAGGGAGGUGAGACAGCAUGAAGCUAUGCAUCAUGUAGUACAGUGUUAGCACUUCAAGAACAUCCCCCAGGGGAUGGAGGGGAGGGUACAGAGCCCUCUCAGCAUCCUCGUUUGGCCUUCAGCAGUUCACUGUGUCUUGAGCACUCAGGAUUGAUGGUUUCCCUCUGCAUGUCUCCCCCACCAUAUGACCCCAUCCUUGACUGACCUCUGGAUGCCCCAUCCACUGGAAACUAUUUGUCCUGCCCCAUCUUAUCCUUUAGGGAAUGAUCACAGUGGGCAUGUAAUUCAACAGUGCCAGAGGCUUUAGGGGGACAUGGAGAAAGAGGGAGCCCACAUAGCCCCAAAGACCUAAGAAUGCUUUUAAAAAGCAACAGGAAAACAAUAGAGUAUAGAAUAUAUUUUUCCCUUACUGAUACCUUGUUUUAUAAUUUUUCUCAUGUUACUGGUUAGGACAGUGUUGAGCAAACAGUAAAGUAACUUGACUGAA